GCAUCGGCUAUCUCUGUCCGCAGUAGUUUUUCAUGUCACUUGCGUCGCUUCGCAGUUCGGAAUUUCAAGUGAUUAUACAAACAUCUACAAAAGAAAUUUCUCUGCUUAAAUAGAAAAAGAAACAACAAACAAAUAUAUGACGGUUAGCAGCCACUGUCGACUUUGAUAGAAAAUAAAAAUAUAUAUUUUUCUGCGGAAUCCAAGUGUGUAAAUUAUUGGCAGAAUUCGGUAGGCGUCUCCGUGGACAGAAGCAGAAAAAUAAACGUGCAAGAGCAAUUUAGCGGUAACUACAAUUGAAAACAAAUAUUCCGUGAAAAUGGAAAAAUUGGAUGCUAACUUGGAGACUCAAUUCGAUCUUAAUCUUAUUGAGGCAGUAAAGCAAAAUCCUGUUAUAUACGACCGGUCACAUUACAAUUACAAACACUUUGUAAGGAAGGCCCAAACUUGGAAGCAGAUUGCAGAACUUCUUGGAGUACCUGAACAAAAAUGUACGAAACGUUGGAAAAGUUUGCGUGAUAAAUUUGCACGUGAGAUGAAAUUGUGUCAGGAAUCUCGCUGGCGUUACUUCAAACAAAUGCAAUUUCUUGUAGAUUCCAUAAGACAAUAUCGAGAAUCUCUCUUAGGCAAAUGUAAUAAUGUACAACAGACCAACAAUCAGGUUGCUCAAGUUGAUCCAAAUCAACAGCAACAGCAGCAAACACAGCAACAAGCUGUAGUGGAUGUAUUUGCACAACCGUUUAAUGGCACCGCCACAACAUCAACACAGGCUCUAGCACAUCCGCAUGGUUCACGUUUAGAAAUUACAGUUACUGGCGACACUCAGUUAACCGCCGCCUCCAAGGACUCAAAACCGUAUUUUUAUGAACCAGCACUAAAACGAGAACGUACCGAAGAGGACAAUCACGACAAUAUGCUAAAUACUAUUAAAAUAUUUCAAAAUUCAAUGACUCAAGCAGUUAGCGCUGAGGAUCAGUCUUUUGGUAUGGUAGUGACCGAUAUGCUGAACACUUUAGGGGUACGACAGAAGGCCGAGGCAAAAGUACACAUUAUCAAAUAUCUUACAGAUAUGCAGCUCUUGGCGCAACAUAAUAAAUACUAAUCAAGGCAUAUCUUGACAUUAAAAAUUCCUGAAGUUUGGUGUGUAGUGCAGCGUUUUUAAACUACUAUUAAAUCGUGUAAACUACAUUCCCACGAAUUGCUGCCUGCGAUACAAGUUUUAA